AUGCCCAUCAAUUCCAACGCUAUCCUCAACCGCCUUCAGGACCAAGUCGUACGUGACCAAACGUACCUCGAGUCGUGCUUCGACGACUUCGGAGAGACAGCCCUACAGCGCAACCUGAGCGACGAAGCACCAGCGAACCCUAUAAUGGACAAGUUUGUUUCAGACCUUGGGUCUGAAGGAAUUCGGACGAUGACCAACUUCACCGUGUCAGAAUUUGAGGCGCUCUGGGCCAUGGUUGACCAUGCACUGACGUCAGCCUGGCUGGAAGGCCGUGGACGCCGCUCACCGACAAGUCCUAAGGACGCCUUCUUUAUGACACUGAUUGUUCUCAAAUACUUCUGUACCUGGGAUAAGCAUGCGGCAGACUUCGGCUACAAGGCUCCAACGUUUGAGAAGUUGAUCAUGCGCGUCAUCCACAACUGCAAAGCCAACUUGAAAAAGACGCCGGACGACAUGAUCUUACCUGACCAUGGUGAGCUUGCUGCCGAGUAUCGAUCGUCGUGGGCAUGUCUUGUUGACAUGGGGUACAUUGGUGUCGCGCAUGCGCUCCGUGGCGUUCAUCCCAAACGGCGCCCCGCGAAUGGCUUCUUGGACGCUGCCGAUCUUGAGCGCAAUCGCCGUGUGUCGUCGGACCGUGUAGUGGUCGAAAACUACUUUGGACGUGUUUGUAUGCUUUGGAAAAUCUACUAUUCGACGUACACAUGGGGUGAGAAGAACUACAACGUCAUCCAGCGAGCUUCCUUUGCGUUGUCUAACUACCAUUUGACGCUCAUGCCUCUCCGAGCUGAAGUUGAGCGGUUCUACGCGUUGGUGUUGACGUGCCGAUUCACAACGACGUUAUCGUUUGAACCGCCAAGAGCGCUUCUCGAUUGA